AUGGUGGCUGUCGCUGUGCUCCCGCCAUCCACAUCAAUUAUAUCAUCCGCGCUUCUUACGUUUGCUGCUGAGUCCAAUAUUCAUGACGCCCUACGCCAGGGUCGAGUUCUCGAAGCGAGGCGAAUAGGGAAGGGCCGGUUCAGCCGCUGCCGCCUCUGGCUGCUCCUGGUCAGCUUUAACGCGCAUACCCGAGUCCUCAGAAUCAAGAAUAUGCCGACUGAACUGCACGAUGUCCACCAGCGGUGGGCUAUAGCUGCUGUUGGGGAAUGGCCUCUUGACGGUCUCUUAAAUCGCGAUGAAGUCCGCCUCUUUGUGGUGGUGUUGGCACGACCAUCAUGUCUCCAGUGCCUGAACUGCAAUGCUCCUUUUGCCGACGAUGCGCAACUCAUUGAACUUGCUCUUCAUGAUACUACCACCGAUGUGCACCUCGACCAUGAUCCAUUCUGGGUUGAGGCUUUUUCCCACCCUGGCAUGAGCUACCAGUGUGUUGUCGCCCACAUUAUGCAGAUUGCCCGUGCCACCUUUGGCCAGGAGCCGGUGGUCACCGAGGUCCAGGUCAUUGCCGAUGGCUUCCAGUGGACAGCCGAGAUGAAUCAUCCAGUGAUCAUCCAGGGUGUGGAACGCUUCUGCAUCUUUAUCUUCUGCACUUUUACCGCACCAGUUAGGGGAAUGUAG